UGUCGUUGCAGUUUCUCAGAAGGAAGUUCUCCACAUUUGGCCUUAAACAGCGAGACCGGGGCAGUGACCUUGACCUCUGACCUCGCUGAUGUCACAGAGGACACAACACUGAAGCUGACAGCCAUGGCCAAAGACCACGGUCGGCCUCCUCUGAACUCUACAGUUCCUGUCGUGGUGAAUCUGCGUCUCGUCAGUCUGGUGGAGGGCGUCGCUUUCCGGAGCUCCUCUUACAACUUCAGCCUCCCUGAAAACCAGGCGGCGGGGGUCGCAGUGGGGAGGGUCUGGGCCUCGUCAGGAAGUGACCUUUACGAUGUCGCCUACGCGCUGAAGACACACAUGGACCUGUUCUCCGUCAACGCCAGCGGAGCCAUUGUGACCAAGACGCAGCUGGACAAGGAAAAGCAGGAGUGGUACAUCCUGGACGUGGAGGCCGUGGACACAAGGUCCCCCCCUACGACGGCCACCGCAGUGGUCAGAGUUCAGGUGGAGGACGUGAACGAGUCUCCACAGUUUCACCCUGAGGUUUAUAAAGCCUCCGUCUUCAGCAUCGCUCCCUAUAAAACCUCCGUCACCCGCGUCAACGCGACAGACCCUGACGUCGGUGAGGAGGGUCAGCUGGACUACAGUCUGUCAGCGGAGAGUCCUUACUUUGACGUGGACCCGUCCUCGGGUCUGGUCUACGUGGUCUCAGUGGCAGGUCUGGCUGGACAGACGGCUGCAGUGGAGGUGAAGGCCACAGACCCCCGAGGACUUCACGCUACAGCCAGGGUGGAGGUGGCCGUCCAGGGAAAUGCGAACAGCGGCAACAUGGUGACCAUCUCCCUCAACCAGCCGGCCAACAUCGUGGAGAAGAAAGUUCCAGAGUUAGAGAAGUCUUUAGGUUCGGCUCUGGGCUGGACCGUGACGAUCAUCCAGGUGUGGAGCUCUAACGGAGGAUCCACCGAGUCCAGAGCACUGAGAGCGGAUGUGAGGACGAUGGUCAGCUUCAUCGCUGCGGACAGAGAGGAAGUCCUUUCCUCUGAGGAAGUCGUAAAUAAACUGCAGAGCCAAUCAGCUGCUGUGAGCGCCGAGCUGGUCAAAGUGUUUGGGGAGGGGCUUCAUUUCAAGGUAGAGCUGAAGCCUCAAGAGUCCGCCUCCAACCACGCCGUGGUCAUCGCUCUGGGUGUCCUGCUGGCCUUGAGCAUCGUGGGAUUGAUCGUUGCCGUCACCUUUGUUAUCAGGUUCAAGGUGAAGGAGAAACAUCAGGAUUCUGACAAAGAGAGUUUUGACAUUAACCUAAAAGCUGAAGGUUACACGAACUGGGGUCAGAAGAUUUCUGAAUCUUCUGCACAGGGACAGACGAGGUUAGAGGAGGACAAGCAGCAGAGGACCGACAGAGAGACAGACGACGAGUGGACAGUGAAGACGGACAGCGACAGUGUGAGAGGUCGAGAAGACAGAAACAGUGGCGGUCAUGAAAGCCGCACUUCUGCUCUCUGAUCUGAACACGGCAGCUGUCAAUCAAACUGUACGGAGUGUGGAGAGUGCCACUAAAAUAUAAUUUACCACAGCUGACCAAUCAGAGCUUCUGUUGCUGCACUGUGGGUUGGACACAAUUUAAGAUAAUGAGUCGUCUUUAAAUUAAACUGUCGACAAACAAAAGCUCUGCUCACAUUCAGAGUUUGUAUGUUUCCUUGAGGCUUUACAAACUUGUAUGUAUUUAUUUCCUCAUAAUUUGUAUUGAAAUAUACGCACAUAUAAAUAUAUAUAUAUGUGUGUGUGUGUGUGUGUGUAUAUAUAUUAUAUACAUAGCAUUGUUAAAAUUUAUCUUUAUUGGCUUUGUUCUUCAAACAAUUGGACUCAUUGAUAAAAACAUUCCUCUGUAGCUACAAAAAAUCCACUAAGUAACUUAAAAUCUACUGCUGAUGAUAUGAACAUACAGAUACUGACAAAGGCCACAUCAGUAAAUGGUGGGAGGGAAAAAAUCAGAAUUUCCUUCUGAAUUUAUUUUGCAAUUUAAAUCUAAAAUUUAUCAUAAAAAAGGUUUUUAUUUUAUUAUAUUUUAAAAAAGCAACACGCUACUUGAUGUCUCCCAGUUUAGCAUUUCUAAGCAGUAAUGUAGUUACAAGCAGAUCUUGUUUAUUAAUAUUCAGUAUUUGACAACAAUUUUACAACAAAUAACAAUUGUGUUUUACUGUGUUGUCAUUCAUGAUCUGUUGUGAGUUGUUGACAAAUAUAUUAACACUUAGAUCUUACAACUACAUUAUACUGUUAAAAACCAAUUAUCAAAUGUUUAUCUACUGCAUAUUAGUGCUAAUUUAACAUUUUAACACAAAAUGAAAAAAAUAAAAUGUUUUGAUUGGUACAUUAACUUCAUUAAUACAUAUAUAAUAACUUUCUAGUUUCAAUAUAUGUAAUGUAUACCCUCAGACUCCAAACAAGGAGAGACCUCAGUGGCAGCUUUUACUUUCUUUAGUUCAACCUGUUUUCUUCACUGAUGUCAGAUGCUGUCGUUCAGUUUAACAUUUUUCAUCAUCAUGUCUUUAAAAUAUGUCUUAAACAAGCUGAUUUUACAAGAGACACUUAGCUGCCAGAUUUCUCUUUUUUUUUGUCUUGUUUUAGGUUAUGGAGACUAUCACAUCAUGUGACUAAAUAAUUGACAAAAUGAGAAGAUGAAAUGUUUUUUGGACAAAUGUUUGUGUCGCUUUAUGCUAAAGAUUUCACUGAGUAUCAAAUGUCAUUGCAAUUAAAUGUAAUUAUCAGUCUGAGUAUUAUGUCAGCUGGGUAAUUACAUAAAACUGAGCUGAUCUGUCAAGAUUAUAUGUAUUUUCGUUUUUUAAUUUUCUUAAUGCACUUUAUCAGUAAAAAUGUAAAUAUCACCACAGCUCUACAGUAACUCUGGAACAUAACUACAACAACAACAACAACAACUAUCAAAAGCACUUUCCUGUAAUAAAAUGAAUUUUAAUUGUGUCAG